AUGACGACUACAAUCAGCUUUAUCAAUACCGAAAAAAGAAAACUUGACGCCGUUACCGGUGACGAGUAUCAACAAGGUGGUCCGAUUCAAAAACUUCUCAAAAGAACUUCCGCUGAACAACUUUCAGACAUUUAUUCUCAAGACCGAUUUUCCUUUGAAGCUCAAAACAGAGCCGCUCAAAGAGCGUUCAGAGAAAGAAAAGAACGUCACCUUCGAGAACUCGAAAAUACGAUAAAGACUUUACGCGAAAAUCAAUACGAUUCUGCGCUUAAAGUUCAGAGAGAACUUACGCACUAUCGCUCGUUGAUCGAGCAACUUGAAGCCGAAAACUAUUAUUUUAAAGAGGUCGCAUUUACCUUUGAAUGUGCUUUGAACAAGAUCAAUGGGAACAAUGAUGCUACCACAAAGAUAAAGAAUGCUUUAUCCCUUAAUGUACCCGCUCGCUCUUCUACCCCUUCUCAACCUUUGACCGGAGUUAGUGGUAUUAUCGGACAUAUGACUUCCACUUUUGCUCCUGUGAGCUCAAAUGGUCGUGGCGUUUCAUCACCCGUUUCAAGUAACGUGAUGAUGUCUCCUAAUGGAUCGAGCACCAUUUCCACCACAUCCGUGAGUGUUGCAAGUUCACCCUUAACGCCUGAAUCGAUCGCUGAAUCGAUCUCGCCUUCAAGCACCUUCUUUGCUGAAGAGUUUGCUCGUGAGAUGACCCUUGCUGAUAUGAAACCUUUCGUCAAUUCAACUCCUGGCAUACAGAUCAGUCAUGAACCUCCUUUCGUUGGUUCAAAUCCUUUCAAUUCGUCGAUUGUUUCAUUAUACAAGUCGGCCAUUUCAUCAUCAUCACAAGUGAUGUCAAAAUCGAAUUCGACCUCUUCUACAGGUUCUACCGUUUCAUCGAGCGGCGACAACGCAAACACAAAUAAAAACAACCCAACUUCAACCGGAGCAAACUCCCCAUUCAUGAAUGGAGCUGUUUUUGAUCUUUCUGAUGUCUUCUCAGCUUAUCUGAAUGACAAUGAUCUUGAAGAAUUUCCCGGCGUGGAAUUUAAUAACUCGGAUGACUUACCAUCAUCUGAACAACAACAAGACACGACGAAGAGGUUUUCGAAGGAAGAAGAACAGAUCAUAAGAUUGAGUAAGAAAGUAGGACAGACGUAUCCUCAUCCUGUCGUGCCAGAGAUAAGACAUCCUCUCACCGAAGAACAAAUGCGAUACUUGACUUUAGAUCAUGAUCGUCGUAUAGACAUGAUUCCUUGUUUUCAUUUACGAUCCCGUAUGAUUCAAUAUCAAGACCAGUAUGAUCUUUACGAAUUAUGUGAAUUGUUGAUUAAUAAGGCGAAAUGUCACGGGGAGCCCCUUGAUCCUGAUAGCUGGGAAUUACCUGAUGAAUUCUUUGAACGAUAUGGUGUUUUAGUAUUUCAACAUUGUCGCAUAAAGAGUUCCUUCUAUAAGAAAUAUGGUCAUUUACCGGCCAAUUUCGAUAGAUUUUACGGAAAAGGUGAAGGUCUUGAAAAUUCGUUAAUAUUUGAUUAA